AUGCUCCCCGCAGAUGUGCCCCUCUCCCACCUGAGUCCUUGGCUGCCGCUGCCUCCCGCAACUUCCUUCUUCCCCAACAUCUGGAGCCUCCUGGCCGCCCCGGGCUCCGUCACCCACCAGCACCUGAUAGAGGAAGCGGCCCUCAAUGUCACCCUGCAGCUUUUCCCGGAGCAGCCGCCCUCAGGGCAGCCCCCACUUCAUCUUGAGGACUUCCUGGGCCGCACCCUCCUCACCAACGACCUCUUUGCUGCCUACUUCGGACCUGGGUUUCCUUCUCGGCAGUUCCGAGCAGCCUUAGGUGAGGUGUCUCGGGCCAACGCAGCCCAGGACUUCCUGCCAACAUCUGGGAACGACCCUGACCUGCACUUCAAUGCCGAGCGGCUGGGCCAGGGCCGCACGCUCCUGGCAGGGGCUCUCCGGGCGGCCAUGGGGGCGGCCAGAGCCCUGGAGCACACCCUGGCCCGCCAGCGCCUCGGCGCCGCGCUUCAUGCUUUGCAGGAUUUCGACAGUCACAGCAACUGGGUGGACCUGGGGCGGCAGCAGCCACACCCUCAGCUCCUCUGGCCCAGGCAGGAGCUCGGGAGCCUGGCACGAGUAGGCGAUCCUGCCUGCUCUGAUUGAGAGUUGAGCUGCCCUGGGAAUUUGCUGGGCUUUACACUCCUCACGUCUGGCUACUUUGGAACUCAUCCCUCCAAACCUCCAGGGAAAUGUAGCCAUGGGGGCCGUUUUGACUGGAGCAGCUCCCAGCCACCACAGGGCGGCAUCAACAAAGAGAGCACAGCCCUGGGCUUCUCUCCCCACCACAUGCUGCACCUCCAGGCAGCAAAACUGGCCCUUCUGGCCUCCAUCCCCUUCAGUCUCCUGAGAAACCACCUGGGAGACAGGGGUUUCUCUGGGCUGCUGGACAUCAGCCCGGCCUCCAGCCUGAGCUUUGUCCUGGACACCACAGGCAGUAUGGGUGAGGAGAUCAAUGCUGCCAAAAUCCAGGCUCGCCACAUUGUGGAACAGCGACGGGGCUGCCCCAUGGAGCCUGUCCACUACGUCCUGGUGCCUUUCCAAGAUCCAGGGUUUGGCCCUGUCUUUACAACCAGUGACCCUGACAGCUUCUGGCAACAACUCAAUGAGAUCCGCCUUGGGGGUGGAGAUGAGCCUGACAUGUGCCUGUCAGCCCUGGAGCCGGUUCUGCUGCACACCCCUCCACUCUCAGACAGCUUUGUCUUCACAGACGCCUCCCCCAAGGACGCCAUGCUCGCCAGCCAGGUGGAAUCCUUGACUCAGGAGUGGCACUGCAGAGUGACAUUCCUAGUGACUGAAGACCCAUCGAGGGUUCAGGGCCGAGCUCGGCGUGAGGUCUUGUCCCCUCUGCGUUUUGAGCCAUACGAAGCAGUGGCCCUGACCUCAGGAGGAGAGGUCAUCUUCACCAAAGACCAGCACAUUCAGGAUGUGGCCGCCAUUGUUGGGGACAGCAUGGCUGACGUGGUUACCCUUCCCCUGGAACCUCCUGUUGUGGUGUCUGGGAGGCCACUUGUGUUCAGUGUGGAUAUGCUGCUCCAGAGGGUCACAGUUCAGAUCCACAGGGAGGUCAGCAGCUUCUAGAUCAGGAACCCUGCAGGGGUCUCCCAGGGCCAGGAGGAAGGCGAGGGGCCUCUAGGUCACACGCACCGCUUUGGGCAGUUCUGCAUAGUUACCGUGAAUGACCCCCCACAGACAGGGACCUGGGAGAUCUGGGUCACAGCUGAGGACGCGCCCAGGGUGAGAGUGCAAGCUCAGACAUCCCUGGACUUCCUCUUCUACUUUCGGAUUCCCAUGGAGGAUGGCCCCCACCCUGGCCUCUACCCCCUGACUCAGCCAGUUGCAGGCCUCCAGAGCCAGCUGCUGGUAGAGGUGACAGGGCUGGGCUCCAGAGGCAACCCCGGAGAUGCUCGGCUGCAUUUCUCCCACGUCGUCCUUCGAGGGGUCCCGGAGGGUGCCGAGCGGGGCCGGGUGCCUCUGGAGCCCACGGGACCGCGGCAGCGAGGUGUCCUUGCGGCUCUCCCGCCCGCGCUUCUGUCCACCGCGGGACGCUUCUCUCUGGAGCUGGUCGGCCCGGACGGAGAGGGGCGGGGCCUGCACCGAGCGGCCCCCCAGCCCUGCACCGUGGUCCCGGUGCUUCGGGAGAGAGGUGCCCCGGCUCCUGCCCUGACCCACCCUCCGCCCUCCUCCGCAGCUCGGCGGCUCGCCAGCUUCUCGGGCCCUCAGGAUCUCGACCUUAGGCCAUCUGUCAGCCCCAGUUCCCUCUCACCUCCAACCUCUCCGGUUUGCCUGGAACCGAAUGAGUCCGCCUGGGGACGCCUAUGGUUGGAGGUCCCGGACUCAGCCGCGCCAGACUCCGUGGUGACGGUGACUGUGACCUCGACAGGUCGGGAGGCCAGCCCAGUGCCCCCGACCCACGCCUUCCUCCAGCUCCUAGUUCUCUCCCCCUUCUCCGCAGGACCGCUGGCUGCCCCUGCCCACUCAUUUGGCCCCAUCCUCGCCUCAACCAGCCCUGCCUCCACUUUGGUGACUCGGGGAAGGGCCGGGGGAGGGCGGGUGGGCAACCCCUGGUGGGGCACAGCUGGAGGGGUGCUGCUCCUGCUAGGCCUGGCCAACUGGUGA